CUCUCAUUGCCGUACGCACUCUCUCGUGGUGAAUUUGUAAGAAAAUGGACAGUCGGCCACGAGUCUCCAAAGCCUGUGACGCCUGUAGCCGUCGCAAGGUGCGCUGCAAUGGACAACAGCGAUGCCAGCAAUGCGAGCACUUAGACUUGCUCUGCACCUACACCCACAACCAGCUCGGCCGAUCACGAAAGCAUGCUCAGCGUAGGGGUCAGGUCAUCUCGAAAUAUCGAAAUGGUUGUCGCAAGGUUGAACUACAAACGGCCCAACAGACCCCCAUUCCCGCUUCACCCUCGCCAGACCUCUCUUUUUCCAGCGACUAUUUCUACAGUUUGAUUCCGGAAUACAUGAUAUUCGUGUAUCCGUUCAACCCGAUCAUGACGGCGGAAGAGGUAGAAGACUCCAUCGGCAGGAUGGGCACCGACAAGGAACACGCAGCAUUUGUCUACGCCUUUGCUGCGGGCACGAUCGACCUCACGCAAUCAACCCAUGCUACGUCUAUAACAUCUAGCCAGAUAUCUGAGCUAGUGCGCAGAUCUAUCGAGGUCCAGCAGCCACUACUGCCGGGAUUCCGCCCGUCCGUCCUCCGAGCCAUGACGAGCAUCCUCAUCCAAAUGUGUUUCAUGAGCCUAGGCCAGCAUGAUCUCGGUUUCUUCUAUCUCCGCGAAGCCAUCAGCAUGACACAUAUCCUUCGCGUCGAGGAUAAGGCCGUCCUCGCCAGUCUCAGUCUCGCAGAGCGUUCCCGCCGACAGAGACUCUACUGGCUGUGCUUCAUCCAUGAGCGGUUCAUGUCCAUCGUGCACUUCACGCCGGCGACUCUGUCCCCUCACGCAGUUUUCCCGGAGAUAGACCCUGCCCUGCCGGUCGGGAUUUCACAGGGCUGGACGCAAGUGAUCAAGACGUUCCUCCUGCUCGAACCCACCUUCAUUAGUCUGUGGAUCGGCGACCGCACUCACGUCACGGCCACCUGGGUGGAACAGAAAUACCGCGAAUUAGACGACACGCUCUGGGAGCUCGAAGUGUCCAUGUUGUCGGAAAUACAGCAGGCCGAUCUAGUAAUCACUAGGCAGUGGAUGCGUACUCUGCUCUGGCAGAUGGCUAUGUCGAAUUGUCUUCUGUCGUCGCAUGCGUCUUGUCCUUCUCUGUCGCUGGAACUGCCGCUGCGAUUGUCAAGUCAGUUGAGACAAUUCUUGACGAAGAUCUCGCAGAAUACAAUCCGUGUGCAUGGCUCGUCCAUCCUGAGCAAGUUGUUGGAAAUUAUUAAUACCAUCGCUGAUGUGGUGAUUCAUCUGCCUCAGGCGACGUUGGAAGAAACGACGAGCCGGAUCGAGGAUAUUGUGUUUAUGAAGACGGUGGUAUUCUCGUUUCACAAUCUGCAGCAGGUCUGCAAGAAUAUUCUGAUCGAGAAAUUCCAGGUCAUUCGGGACCGGUUUCCGGGGAUUGAAGUCGCAUCGCAGUUGGCCAUGUAG